AUGAUCGUUCUCUACGCGCGUAUCGGACUAGAAGUGUGGAAAGCUAUGCGGAUCCGAGGUGCGCAUGGCGUGGAUUUAACCGCGCUGAGCCAUUACCACCACAACCACGCACAACAGCCUUACCAUCGGGCCUUUGUCCCAGCCGCCGACAUCCAGCGCCACCAGCCUCCUCAUCAGAACAUACCCAGUAACGUGAAGCUCCUGUUCAUAGUGACGGUGAUCUACAUCGUAACGUACAUGUUCUAUUUGGCGCUCUCUUGGGUGGACCAGACGCGCCUAUCCCAGACUCAGUUCUUCGCGUUCUCAGUUUUCUACAGGGCUUACUUCAUUCACAGCAUUAUCAAUCCGCUACUCUAUCUGAAAAUGGACACACUCUUCCGCCGGCGGUGCAAGAAGAUUUUUUCAACGGCGUUCCCAUGUACACGAUGA